CGGUGUCGAACGCAUUUGACUUUCCGUCGACGAGCGACGAGAGAAGUUGCUUUUCCAAAAAGGGAGCCAAAUUUUGGAGCCAACGUCAAAAAGGAAAGUGUGCGCUCGAAGUGACGUCACAAGCAAAGAGGAAAGCACCAACAACUUGAACGACGAGCACCAAGAGCACGACAAUGGCUCUGCUGAGGCUCAUGCGAGGGAAGAACAACACUUGCUAUUGAUUGUCUGACGAUGAAGAGCUCUCCACGUAUUGCUGUUUGCCUGUGGUGUCUCUUGCUUCUGGUGGAGCCCUUUCGACGCUGUCAUGCACUGGCAACGACCAAUCCAAACAGCGCCACCAAGAAGGGAUACCGCGUCUGCACGGCCAGUCCUUGCGGUCCCAAUGGCAGCGAACUCCUCUUGGAUGCACUCCAACGGCUCGCUACGGAUGGCACUACCUUGAAAGGAGACUACUGUCUUGGAGGUUGUUGUUCCGGUACGGUUGUCAAACCCAUUGGCAAGACGAAUUCUCAUCGAAAAAUGCUGCCAGUCAUUGCCGACCAAGAAACGGCCAUGGAGACGGCGGAAACGCUCCUCCUCGAAUUGGACGCCCUGGACGAGUCCAAAUUACAAACGCUCCGCGACAAAAUGGCAGCGGGAGAUCGGGUACUGGAGAACAGCAACGAACCAGAUAUCUGUCAAAACUGUGGUGUGGGACUGCAACUGUACAGAGGAAACUGUGCCAAAUGUGGAAAGUAUCCCUACUGAUAUGAAAAAGGCAGUAGUAGCGACCGUGCCACAGAACGUCGUGCUGUCUUGAUGACAACCAAGCCUCACUGCACUUGCCAACGAGAGGUGCAUCGCGCCACACUUCAAGGUGCAACCAAGAUACAAUGUACAUAGCAAGGUCGUUGCAGUUGCCGGGUCAGUGAAGCCAAUGCUAUACAGCUAGUAGUCAUUUUGUAACCUUGUCAGAGUGCUACUUCAAAGACAUAAAUAAGCGAAGUCAGCCAACUAGGCUUUGGUCUGGGCUCUAGCUUGUGACUAACCUUACAAAGUCAGUCGCAAUCCAGCAAAUUGUGGCCAUACGGAUAUCAAAGAAGCGGCCCUCACCGAUGUGUCUUAAUGACGAAAACUCUUUGCGCGGAAUGCCAAGAUACGGAUAGGAAACCAAUGUUUCACAGCA